AUUGGUGCGCUGACAUCACGCUUGAAAACUCUUCUUUUCUACGACAACGUUCAGUAUUCGACAAUACGUGCCCAAUUUUCUGCUCUUAUCUACGUCAGUUAAGAAGACACGGCACCUCAAAACCGCUUCGGCUGGUUAAGAAGGUGUGGAUUGGUUUUAUUUGGUGAAGAUACACUUGGAAGUCAUGGCCGUAUCGUGGUGCCAUUUUCUCUGCUCAUCCGUAUUAGCCUUCGCGUUUGCUGCUGUCGCACAAGCGACAAAUCGUGCUUAUAACAGCGACCCGAAGCUUUGGGCUCUCCUCAUGGCAACCUCUAAAGGUUACGACAACUACCGCCACCAGGCCAGCAUCUACCAUGCGUACCAACUGCUGUACAAACACGGUAUUCCCGAGAAGCGCAUCGUGGUAAUGACGUACGAUGACCUCGCCAAUUCCAGUGCAAACCCGAAGCCAGGAAUAGUCGUUAGUCGUCCCGGUGGUUAUGAUUGUUACAAGGGCGUCCCUAAAGACUACACAGGCGACCUCGUCAACCCGCGAAAUUUCCUCGAGAUCCUCCAAGGAAAGAAGGUGAAAGGCGGCAGCGGUAAAGUUAUCGCCAGUGAAAGCACGGACCACGUCUUUGUGAACAUCGUGGGUCAUGGAGCGCCCGGUCUGAUAGCGUUUCAUGACGACAUACUGCACGCCCGAGUUUUCGUGGAGGUCAUCAAAAAAAUGAAGAUAGAGCGGAAGUUCGCAAAGAUGGUGAUCUAUGUGGACGCCAGCGAAUCCGGUUCCAUGUUCGACGGCCUUCUUCCCAACGAUGUGAAUGUGUACGCCGUAACCUCGGCCAACAAUCAGGAGCCUGCCUACGCUUGCUACUACGAGGUAUACAGAAAGACAUUCUUGGGCACCGUAUUCAGCGUGAAUUGGAUGGAUCAUUCUUGGAGAAAAGACUUGCACACGGCGACACUUCUCGAUCAGUUCACUACGGUAAGAAAGGAAACUAACACGAGCCAUGUCACGCAGUUUGGUGACCUGAGCAUUAACACGCUUUCCCUGAGCGAAUUUCAGGGCCCCGCCAAAUUAAAUCCAUACGUGACAACGAAGCUUUCAUAUGACGCAGUCCCCAGCGGGGACGUUCCCAUCGCCAUCCUAAGGCGAAGACUCGCAAAGGCUUACUACGCUAGCGAUAAGAAAUCUUUGAAAGAUCAACUGCGCAAAGCUCUUUUGAACAGGUCAUUUCUGAAGAAUAAAGUCGAUGACCUUGUAACAUUCCUCGCUCGUGAUAACCCGCAUGAGGCCGACCUGUUGCUUAACACUAGGCGGCGGCUCACGAACUUCGACUGCUACGAGAAAGCAGUCGAUCAUUUUAGCGACAGGUGCUUCAGCAUCUCGAAAAACCCCUACGCCCUUGAGCAUCUACAUGUAUUGGUCAACGCGUGUGAUUCAUCAUACAAGCUUUCGCAGAUACUUGAAGCAAUGGACUUAUCAUGCACACACCCAAAUGUUGCGGGCAUCGUGUAA